UUUCCCUGCAUAACAAAUUGCGCUCGCGCGGAGCACGCAUUUCAUCUCCUACAUAGAAUGUUUUAUCAUUUUACUCCUUUACAAACAACGAAGAUGAUUUUUGUAAUAUUGUUAUCAGUUUAUUUUGUGGAAUUGUCAGUUUCUCUUAAUCCAGAAAGUUCCAUAACAUGCAAAAAUAACGACAAAUUUUCAACUCUAUCUGGUGAUUUACAUUGCACUUUAUCCUGUGAGUGUCCGUCUGAUGAACUAAAAGAAGUCGGUAACGUCUACGUUGGGUGUGAGAAAUGUUGUUGUACUAAUAUAAAUUAUAAGCAUAUUGAAAAAGCUCUUCAAGAGACCACUAAAAAUCUUACCUAUGCACUACUUAGAUAUGGAAACCUGACAGAAUAUUAUAAAAAUCUAAAGAAAAAAUCUGAAGAAACAGUUAACCAAUUAGAAAAAAAAACAUCUGCUCUCAUUGCGGCUAUUUGUGUAGAAUCUAUUGUUUUGUUUGUAAUUAUUGGAACCUACAUAUUUUUUAUUUUAUUCAAAAAAUGGUUUAUUACACACAAACAGUUUAUUAGUCGAUAUUUUCGUCGUUCAAAUGUUACUACAGAUAGUGAAGGUCGUAGAGAGUCAAAAUGGAUCACUGUGGAAAAUGUAACAUUUCUUAAAAACGAAACAAAUGUUUGAUCUAUCUAUAUAUAUAUAUAUAUAUAUAUUUAUUUAUUAUAUGUUUAAACGAAGCUGUGUCGCCUCACAUUAAGUUAAAAAAUAUAUUAAAAAUUUGUUCGUUUUAUAUGGAUUAAAAUUUAAAUUAUUUAUCACAUUAUUUAUUUGUUUU